AGUAGUAUUCACGUCAUUGACACAUUUGGUAUUCUUCUCGAGUAUACGGACAGGAGUAAUUUGGAGAAAUUCAUACAAUGUGUCCCACCUCCAUCAUCGGACAUGGACCUGCUUCAACUCUGGGGACAGCUUCUCCAGCUAAGCGACGCGUUGUAUUCACUUCCCAGAAUUCCAAUUCUGGGAAAGGAGAAACAGUGUGGGGAGGGGCAUCAAGAUAUCAAACCAAGCAAUGUUUUGGCUGCAUCAGGAACCAUUCCGUCUCCCUAUGAGAUACAUUUUAAGCUCGCAGACUUUAGCCUAAAUCAUUUCAAGAUAGAAAAGCCCUCAGUAGAGGAAAUUGUGGACUGGGACAGUUACGGAACUCGCAUCUAUGGGCCACUCGAAUGCUACAUGGAAGAUGACAUUUCGAAUAAAUCUCAUGGGAGAAGUAGUCAGGCCGUUGGCGUCUGGUCUCUCGGGUGUAUCUACAGAGAAGCGAUGGCUUGGACUUAA